GCACAGCGCAUUCUUAACAAGCGGAGUGGGAAGCCUAGUCGUCGUCUUGAAGAAUGCUUCUACGCGUUCUGGCGCUGCCGGUGACGGUACCUUUGUACCUGUGGUGGCUGUGGCUUAAUGCGGCAAUAGCGGUGCCAUUAUGGGGCUUCACUUUCAUGCUCAGAGCCGCUUCGGGUUGCGCUUCUGGGCUGUUCGGGCUUCCGGCUGCUGCACCUAAGGAGCCGACCAGCAGGUCGUGUCGGUUAGCUGACGGCGAUUCAGCUCCGGUCAGCUCGCCGUACGUUGCGGUCUGGCGCAACAAUGAGCUGUACGUAUCGCCCAGGCGCACAAACAACAUAACGCCACGCAACAUGAAGAGCCCAACUCCGCGCGGCCUGCGGCGGUUCGCAACGGUGGGCCCCAGCGCGGGCGCCAGCACUCCAGCUGGCGCCGCAACGCCCCCAACCUCCGAAGACAAGGCUGGUGCAGACGGGGUGCGGCUAAGCCUGUUCCUACCGCGCUCAGGCAGAGUAACACCCAAGUCGCUGCUGGGCUCGCUUCAGUCGUUCCUCGCAAACCUGGAUGCGGCUGCUACUGGUCACCGGGUCCACCGCAGCCUGCGGGUCGGCUCCCCGCUGCCCCGGCGCCCCCAGCCCGCCCAGCCGUCCUCGCCAGCCCAGCAGGGGGUCGCCGGCGCCAGCCAGCAGCCGGCCAUGUGCCAGGCGCCGCGUGCCACGGACGGCAACCGCUCAGUCGCGCCGAGCGGCCCGGAACAAGAGGACAAGGCUGCGGUCGGGCAGCUGGGGGCAUCGACACUUGAGUCGGCUGCCAGCGGGGCGGAGGUUGCCAGCGGGAGCCUGCUGGCCUGCGACGGCAAGCCGCCGUCACCGCUGCCGCUGCGCCGGACGGGCUCGCUGCGGCGCCCCUCCACUGACAGCGCCUUUGAUGCCGCAGAGCUGCCACAGCCGACCUCGCUGCUACAGCCAUCGCAACCAGCAGCGCGGCCCGGCCCCAAGCAACACGCCGACCUGCUACUGCGGCAGCUUCCGUGGGACGCCGGCACGACUGCACAGCCGCAGGCGUCCGGGGCCGACGACAGCGGCUGCGGGGAGGGGGACUGGCAGGAGCGGCCCGGCACGCCGCGGUGUGUCGAGUGCGCCUCGCCGGUACUGGCUGACGCCCCUGCGAGCGCGCUUGCGGCCGCGUCUGCGUUUGCGUCGCCGCUGGGCCGCAGGAACGGCGCCGCGGGCCUGCUGGGUAACCCUGGCACCAGUGUUGCCGACGGCAGCCCCAGCCUGCCCUGCCCCGCGGCCUACGUCCUGCAGCGCGGCGGCCUUGAGGGCCUGGCCGCGCCCAUCACGGCGCCGCGCCCGCGCCGCAUGUCGGCCCUGCACACGCCGCCCGCACAGCUGCUGACCGCGUCGCCGGCGGGGCCCAAGGUGAAGUGGCUUUCUUUGGGUGGGGCCAGCAGUGCUGCUGACGCCGACGGCGGCGCCACUACCUGCACCACAGCAAGAGUUACUGGAGCCGCGGCAGUGCUGCAGGCGCCGCUUUCGCCCACGGGCGCGGCUGUCGUGUUUGUGCGCGCCACCGCCACCAACGCGGCCGUGAUGGCAUCCCUGAGUUCCGACAAGUCUCAGGUCGCGGCGGUGGCUGCUUGCGCGCUCACCAGCGACGGCGGCAGCCUGGCUGGCAGCACCAUUGGCGGCGCCACGGCUCACAUGGGCGCGGCGAAGGCGGGAGGCGCAGGAGUCGCGGGCAGCUCCCCGGCAUCGGCGUGCGGCCUGACUCAGGGCAAGGCCCGCACCGCUCGUGUGCAGCAGCGCUCAGCGUUGUCGGUCCGGCAGUCAGCAGGGGGCGCGUGUGGCGGUGGGGCCAGUGGAGCCGGCACAGUUAGCAGCGGCAGCAGUAGCCUGGCGGGCGGGUUGCAUGGCGCCGGCGGCGCGUUGCCGCGGUACCUGCAGACCACGGCUUCCUUCGCUGCCAAGCAGGGCAGUAAGUGACAGGGCUGUGCGUGUCAAGUUGGCAUGUGGGUCGGAUGACUGUGGCUAUGAGAGGGAGCAGCAGGUAGCACAGGUAGCGCUAGUGACCAAGAGCCUGUGGCAAUCACAAAUUUUAAGAAUGGUCGGCAGGUUUAUUGCCGCUUUUUGGACGGUACUUCAGUGGCACAUGACUUAAGUGUUUGAGGUGGCGCGGUGGUCACAGGCUCUUGCCAAUAAGCCACGUCCCCUGUCGCGGUUUUGCUUGCGUGCACGCUUAUAUAAUUCUUCCCCAAUAAUGACAAGCUCCUGGCAAUGCCAACGGACAGUUGGCACAUCACGUGACUAAGUGCGCCCGGCUCAAAGAUACAGAGUCCUGAAGCAGAUUGCUUCCCUAGUAAAUGCGUGUAUGUACGAGGUGAGCUUGCAGACUUGACAUCAACCAGUGCACACAGAGCGUGUCAGCGUGUUUGCUUGGCAGCACCUGAACGGGCACCGCAACUCACGUUUACUGGUACAGCCGUAUAAGAGAUGUGCGCUGGCGCGAGCAUGAUACCGCUCAAGUAAACGGCGGCGGCGCCGCGCAGGUUGAGGCGGCUGGUAUCUGGCUUAGCCCAUUUCUCCUUGGGUCAGCCAGAGCCGUGUUAGCCCCAAGGACUUCGUUGGCGAGUCUGGAGGUGACCGGCGGCUGCUGGGCUUUUGCAGUAUGGGAUGCGGAUUACAAGGGAAGGGACAGCCCGAUGCGGUAUGAAUUUGGGCAAAUGGUUCGGUGCUGCUGCUGUGGUGUGGGCCGGAAAUGGAGGGCGGAAGUGGGGCCUGCAGUCAGUGCAGGUGAGGGCUGGGGGUGAUGCAGCAGGGGAGCAUGGCUGUUGAUGGCGGAAUGCUUGUCUGACACGUGUUUGUGGAGCUUGAUGCUUACGGUAUGGCCAGGGUGGUGUGAGGAAACGGGUUGAUAGUAUGACAUCGAGAGCCUGGUGGAGUCCUAGCAAUUGGUUGAGGACGGGCGUGCACUGCUGCUCUAUGCAUGCGCUGUUGCUUUAAGCGGCUUGCAGCAACCGCUGCGGACCUGUCUGGCCGGCCGGUCAAAAGAAGUGUAAACAUUCCCAACUCUAGUCGAGAAAGUCGAGCCGCGUGCUGCCCCUACUGAUGUUCAAGGCCGCGGGUGGGCAUGCGGGCGGGGAGUCGUGCUGGCGUGCAGUGUAGUGGCACGCAGGUUGCUUGGCGGCAAAAUGUGCAUGCAGGCAGAUCGAAAUGCGUGUGUCUGUAUCGCUUGUCAUCCUCUCUUCCGGAUUUUGUUUCAGAGUAAGUGUGUUGUUCAAUUCCUUUCUGCAGGCGCCAUUACUCAUUAGGAGGUGUCUGGUGUAAACCCACGGGUUC